UUCACAUUCAGCUGCAGAAACACUCAGAGAGACGUCAUGAGGACUCUGCUGGUUUUGUUCUUGGUGGUCGUGACCGGCGCUGAAGCCUUGGAGCGCUGUGCAUGGGCCAAGAUACUAAAGAAUUCUGGGAUGGAUGGUUACCGUGGCAUCAGCCUGGCCAACUGGGUUUGUCUGACCCGGUGGGAGUCCAACUUCAACACCGGCGCCAUAAACCACAACACGGACGGAUCCACCGACUACGGCAUCUUCCAGAUCAACAGUCGCUGGUGGUGCACCGACGGGAAAACGCCGUCGGCUAACGGAUGCAACAUCCAGUGCAGCGCCCUUCUGACCAGUAACGUCGCCGUGGCGAUCAACUGUGCCAAACGUGUCGUCCGGGAUCCCCAGGGCAUCAGUGCCUGGGUGGCCUGGCGAAAUCGCUGCAGGAACCAGGACCUGAGUUCAUACUUGGCCGGGUGCCAGCUCUAAUCAACAAACAGGACGGCGUCGUCGGCGUAACGAAGUUCUUACGUCUUUGGCUGCAGAGGAUUGAAACAUUCCUGCUGUUUCUGUGUUUGACCUGAAAGAAGUUAAACAUAAAGAGUUACUGAAUCUGAAAAAUUAGCCAAUUAAAACGUUUGUUGUUGCUUUCAGGAGAACCAAUCUGUGAGCAGAAACAUGGUGACUUCAGCUGGUGUUUGUUGUCAUUGCGCUCAUUUUAAAAAGCAGAUUAAAAUGUUCAUUAACGCUGAA